GUGCCCGCGAUUACUGCGGGUUCACUCGCUGCACGAUGGCGGAGGGAGGCGGACCCGAAUCGGGUAACGCUUCGGACCCUGACGAGAAGCCGGUGAUCACACAGACGCCGGUACCGUCCACUGAAAGUCAAAAGCAGAGCAUCGGGACGCUGCUGAAAACGCCACUUCGAAAAGGAGAAGAGUGGUAUUUGAUUGACAGCCGGUGGUUCAAACAGUGGAAGAAGUAUGUGGGCUUCGACAGCUGGGAUAUGUACAAUGUUGGUGAGCACAAUCUGUACCCUGGACCCAUUGACAACUCUGGGCUCUUUUCAGAUCAUGAAGCCCAGACGCUGAAAGAACAUCUCAUAGAUGAAUUAGACUAUGUGUUGAUGCCUACAGAGGCCUGGAAUACACUGGUCAGCUGGUAUGGCUGUUUGGAUGGUCAGAAGCCCAUCAUUAGAAAGGUGGUUGAGCAUGGGAUGUUUGUGAAGCAUUGUAAAGUGGAAGUGUAUUUGCUUGAGCUGAACUUGUGUGAAAAUGACAACAUGGAGAAAGUCGUCACCCGCCAUUUCAGCAAAGCAGACACUAUAGAUACUAUUGAGAAGGAGAUGAGGUCUUUAUUUGACAUCCCAUCAGAAAGAGAAACUCGACUCUGGAAUAAAUAUAUGAGUAACACUUAUGAACAACUUAACAAGCUUGACAGCACUGUACAGGAUGUAGGGCUUUUUCAGGGCCAGGUGCUUGUUAUCGAGAAGAAGAAUGAGGAUGGCACAUGGCCCAGACAGAACAGCCAUUCCAAGUCCAGUACUUCCACUUCACGUAAUUAUACAACCUCCCCCAAACUCUCCUCAAAUUCGUCUGCCACCAUUUCCUCCACAAUAAUAAAUGGUGAUAGCAAUAGCAACUCUGGCUACAUGCUGAACAACAGUACUUCUGGGAACAGAUUGGGAAGUUACAACUCCUACAGCUCCUCCUACAGUUACAGAGAUUCACCUGCUCAGCCAGGCCUCUGCGGUCUGAGUAACCUGGGCAACACCUGCUUCAUGAACUCAGCUCUCCAGUGCCUGAGCAACACUCCCCCUCUGACGGAAUAUUUCCUCGAGGAUUGCUAUGAAGCAGAGAUCAACCGGGAAAAUCCAUUAGGGAUGCGAGGGGAGAUUGCAGAGGCCUAUGCAGAUCUGGUCAAACAGAUGUGGCUUAGUCGGAGCAGUUAUGUGGCUCCUCGCACUUUUAAAACACAGGUGGGUCGAUUUGCCCCACAGUUCUCAGGGUACCAGCAACAAGACUCUCAGGAGCUGCUGGCCUUUCUGCUAGAUGGCCUUCAUGAGGACCUUAAUCGUGUUAAGAAGAAGCCUUACCUAGCCCUAAGAGAUGCUGAGGGUCGCCCUGAUGAGAUUGUUGCUAAGGAAGCAUGGGCGAACCACCGGUUACGGAAUGAUUCCAUAAUCGUGGACAUCUUCCAUGGCUUGUUCAAAUCUACGCUGGUCUGCCCAGAGUGCUUCAAAGUUUCUGUCACCUUUGACCCCUUCUGCUACCUCACACUGCCCCUGCCCAUGAAGAAAGACCGCACUAUGGAGGUGUUUCUGGUUCGCACUGACCCGCAGUUCAGACCCAUGCAAUUUCGUGUAGUGGUUCCCAAAAUGGGUGUAGUAGCAGACCUGUGCAGUGCUUUGGCCAAACUAUCUGGAGUUCCUUCAGAGAAUAUGGUUGUGGCAGAUGUUUACAAUCACAGAUUUCAUAAAAUCUACAAACGCGAUGAUGGUCUCAACCAGAUUACGGAGAAGGACGACAUCUUUGUUUAUGAAGUGUUAGAGGAGGAUAGUGAGAGGAUGAAUCUGCCAGUGUACUUCAGAGAGAGGCAUUCUAAGCACAGCGGAGGCUCUUCUGGCGCAAUGCUUUUCGGUCAGCCUCUUCUUAUAACCGUCCCACGCCACAACCUCACCGUUGAUACCCUAUAUGAUCGUGUGCUGGAAAGGAUCGGACGUUACGUUAAACGUUCACAGGGUACCGUUUCAGAGAGCAGAGCGUCUGCCUCAGCUACAUCCUCUAGCAGCAGCCAAUCACCAGAAUGCAUAGCUUCAGUGUCCAGUCACAGCAAAGAGCUGAGUGGCUGCAGCAGUCCUGUUUUAGACGGAGCUUCCUGCAGUGCCACAUCCAACAGCAGCAAUCACUCUGGAACCUGUAAUGGCCCCAAUGGAGUUUGUGAUGGUGAAGAGGAAGCCAUGGACCACCAGGAGAGUCCAGAACCUGAAAACAGCCACUCAGACCCUGUGGAUGGAGAGGAGGACUCUGAAUCUGAGAAUGGAUCCAAUAACAACAGUGGGAAAUCUAUUUCUUCCCGACCUAAACUCUUCUCUUUCAGCAUGGUCAACUCCUAUGGCACAGCCAACAUCAGCUCUUUACCUUUUGACGGCAACCUUCUCAAACUCACAAUUCAUUCUACAGUAGCCAUUGACUGGGACUCAGACAAUAAGAAACUGUGCUACGAUGACCAGGAAGCUGAGGCCUAUGACAAACAUGAGAAUGUGCUGCAUGCACAGAAGAAGAAGACCACAGUAGCUUUACGAGAAUGCAUUGAGCUCUUCACCACAAUGGAGACCUUAGGAGAGCAUGACCCUUGGUAUUGCCCCACAUGUAAGAAGCACCAGCAGGCCACUAAGAAGUUUGACUUGUGGUCUCUUCCACGCAUUCUUGUUGUGCAUCUGAAACGGUUCUCUUACAACCGCUGCUGGAGAGACAAGCUUGACACUGUCGUGGACUUUCCCAUUAGGGACUUGACCAUGUCAGAGUUUGUUUGUGACCCCAAAGCUGACCCAUAUGUCUAUGACCUCAUUGCUGUUUCCAACCAUUAUGGAGGAAUGGGCGGAGGCCACUACACUGCAUAUGGCAAGAACAAGAUGGAUGGAAAAUGGUAUUACUUUGAUGACAGCAGUGUGUCCGCUACCUCUGAGGAUCAGAUUGUGACUAAAGCGGCCUACGUGCUCUUUUACCAACGCAGAGACGCUGAUACACCACCUAAAUCCACCCCUUCUGCAUCACUAGGUGGAGUUCCACAGUCCCUGGAUGAUCACAUGGACACCAACUGAGUUUCUUUAAUCUUUCAAGGACAGGCACUGAAACAAAAACUACAUAAACAUGAAACCAACAAUGCAUCAACGCACAUCCCUGGCUACUUCAGUGACUAUUAAAGGCUCACAAACAGGCCCUUUGUUUUUAGCUUUUUUUUUUAUUUACUUUCACGCAUGCAUCUUUAUCAAGAGCCCAUAAAAGAAUAUUAAUAAUAAAGAGAAUUUUAGUUUGAAGCGUGAUAUGAAAGACUUUGUUCUUGGACUUUGAUGCCUGCUGAUAAUAAAAUCUUGUUAAGUUUGUAAUGAGGGUAAACCGGCAAUAUAACCUCCUUUUUGGACAACAUGAAUGUUAUAAAUACUGCAUAGAUUGGUUGUUGGGAGGGGGGAGGGGUGCCUAGAAACAGACUUGUGUGUGCAAAAUUAUGCUUUGGAUUAUGUUUGGAUUUUGCUUCUUCCCACUUGGACUAGCUAUCAGCAUCUUUUAACAUGUGCCUCCUGUGAAGAAUAGAUUCUCUGUGGAUAUAUAAUUAAGUGUGUGGUGAUAAGCACAGAGAUGCUCUUGGAGAAGCUUGCGAUCUUAAAAUAUUGUCUCCAUAGUUCAUUUAUCCUUUAACAAGCAAGCCACUGUUAGAUGUCCCUAACAGCUCAUUUACAUCAACUAGAUGUCUGUUUGAUGUGUUUUUCAUCUGGAAGACGCAUCUGAUCUUUUAAAGAUGUUUAGCAGAUUUUAACUAGAUUUUGAAGAAAAGGUCUAAAACUGACAUCUUUGAGAUGUAUGUGUGCGAUCUGACAUGAAUUCCAGAGGGUGUUGAACUUAAAUAUUUCACUCUUAAGUUGUUUACUCUAUGGAAGUCAUAAAAUGUUCUUUUGAAUAAAUUUUUUUGGGCUGCAUUCCGAUAUAUCCACACUAGCAGCCUUUAUGCCCCAAAAACUGUGAAAAGGGGGCUUGUGUGUAUGUAUAUGGUUAUGAAAAUGAUAGGCAGAACAAAUAAACCCAAGUUAUGGUCACACAUUAACUGCCCCAGAAAGUCUAGUUAGAAUUUAAUCUACAAGGAAGUUCCAAAAUAUCUCAUUUCAGAUCUGAUGGCUAGUGCUUUGCAAAAAUAUGUCCAAAUGAAACCAAGAUGUUUGUCUCUUGUGGAUGUUUUAAAUGAACUUAAAUUGCUUUAAUCCAGACAGUAAUAUCGAGUCUCUGCUCGAAAGAGGUGCUAAAUCUAUGACACUUGGAACAGAUGUGCGUUUAUGAUGAAGACUAACAUAGAAACAACAUGCUAUCAGUACCUGGAAAUGUAGAUUGGCGUAUCUACUAAAAGACAUUGUAAGUGCUUCAUACAUGGAACAAUGCUACACUGAUCUAAAACUCUGUGUGUAUGUGGUAAAACAUGCAAUUAUUUCUUAAUCUGCAAAAUGGUGACUAUAUGGUUGUUUCCGGUGUUUACCUUUCCAUGGUUUUUGCAGUCAUUGACUGGUAAAUCCACAAUUGUUGAUAUUUAUGUCAAUGAUGAAUUAAUUAUUCAGCAAAUAAAUUCAUAUCCAGCUAUGAAAUUUAAGACACAAACUGAAGACUUACACAGGAUGGCUCAAUACAACUCAACGUCCUUUCAAACGUUUUGUCAAAAAAAAAAAUUCAUAGAUGUAAGUUAUCAUUAUCUGGGGAACAGUACAUAGCUGUUUUGUGUUAUAUUUAUCUUGCCAAGAUGUGCAACACCAGAUUUUAAUCAAGCCUAUUUGAAUUGAAGAUAUAAUAAAAUGUG